GGUGUGUGGAGCAGCUGUUCAUGGUGCCAAAAUGACCAAACUGCAGCUGCUGAACGCCUACCUGACGGAGCGGCUGACGGCGGUGGUGAAGGAGAUCCUGGACGUGGUGGAGGACACGGUGACCGAGUACCGGGAGGAGACGGCACGGACCAAGCGCGAGAACGAGAGUCUACGGAGGCAGCUGCGGGACAUCCUGCUGCUGGAGGCCGAGACUGAGUGGCUGAGGUCCACCAGGUCCAGUCUGGGUUUGGCAGCUCCUGAGCAGCAGACCGGCGAUGUGGAGCCGAGGCCCCGCUCAGAGGAGCCGGACUCCACCCUGAACCAGACCAGACAGCCUCCGGCCAAUCAGAAGCUUGAGCAGGCGGCGUCGAUCCAGAGCGAGACUCCUCUGCCAGGAGACCAGAAGCCGGCCGAGUCCUGGGAGUCGGGGUUGAAGCCUGAGCUGCAGCAGGAAGUGUUCAGGAAGGCUUCCCCUCUUCCUUCUCUCUCCACCCUCAAUACUUCCUCUGCUGCGCCCCCGAAAAUCCACAUCGAGGUUCCUGCGCUCAGAGAGGAGGCGCGGGUCCCGGCUCCUCACAUCAAAACUGAACCUGAAGAGUUCAAAGUGAGUGAACCUGAAGCUCACACGGAGUCUGUGACGCCGAGCACGCACGCCGACGUCCCGCUCCUCCCGCUCCUCCCGCCGGAGGAGUCGACUUUCAGAGCGGAGGCGGAGCGAGCGGCGGUGCUGCGCGUCGACCGACACGAACGCAACAGGAAGAGUUCUCAGGAGACGAGCGAUGACGGAGCCGCGGCCGCUUACGUCCCCGAGCUGGUCCACCGCUGCCCCCGCUGCGGCGAGGCGUUCGGCCAGGCCGGCAGCCUCCGCCUCCACCUGGAGCAGAAGAGAAAGACGUACGCCUGCGACUGGUGCUGCAAGUCCUUCGCGCAGUCGGCCGACCUGCGGCGCCACCUGCGCACACACACGGGCGAGCGGCCGCACCGCUGCACCUUCUGCUCCAAGAGCUUCAGCCAGAGAGGAAACCUGCGGCGACACCUGCGCAUCCACACGGGGGAGCGGCCGUACAGCUGCCCGUACUGCUGCCGCACCUUCAGCGACGGAGACACCAUGAAGAAGCACAAACGCACGCACUCGGGAGAGAAGCCGUACCGCUGCGUCCAGUGCUCCAAAACCUUCACCAGCGCCAGCGGCCUGCAGAUCCACCUCAAGAAAGACAUGUGCUUUGUGGCGAACGCGUGAUUGGACGAGUCGGGAGAGACAGAGACGCUGC